GGCAGCCCGUGAGGAUGAACCGUUCCUUGGUCGUAUUAUGAAAUCAGUUCUUGUGUAGAACGUGGCUCCCCUGUAGACUUGGUUCAAUAGGAAGUUAAUUUUGGCAUUAAAGAACAUAUAAUUUAAAGCAUUGUUGUCCUGAAUGGUUCAUCAGGUGGACAGACAAUGGAAAGCACAUUAAGAGCAUUGGACAUCCAUUCAGACCAACAAGAGUAUUAAUAUGAGUUGAUAAAAUUUAUUUCAUUCAUAAUUGUUUAAAAGUAAAUGAUGUUAUUAUUUUACAGCUGAUUCAAAUUUAGGCAGUCUUGAGACCAGGGAAUGAAAUGUUGUUAAGUGGAAAGUGUUGGUUCCCUGGAUUAGGUAUAAUUAAAGACCAUAUGACGGCAAGUGGAGUAAGUCAAUGGUUGGGUAUGGCCCAGAGGACAACCACUUUGUUGUAGAGCUGACUUAUAACUAUGGCAUCGGUACAUACAGACUGGGAACCGAUUUUAGAGGGAUCAAUAUUUAUUCUAAAGAAGCUUUCAAGAAAGCGGUUAAUUGUGGUCUUGCUGUGAUAGAGGAUGGAGGCAAACGAGUGGUGAAAUCUCCUGAUGGAUACAGCUUUGUUUUGGAGGACAAAGAAUGUCAAGGAGACCCAGUGCAAAGUGUAUGCUUAGGGUGUUCAGAUCUGUCAAAAUCUGUGGAUUUCUGGUCUCGACUGUGUGGUAUGAAGAUUUACAGGCAGGAAGACAAGUCAGCACUCUUGGGAUUUGGGGAUAACCAGUGCAAGCUUGAGCUUCAGGAUAUAGGCACAAGUGUUGACCAUGCCACCGCCUUCGGGCGGAUCGCUUUUUCCUGCCCUCGUACAGAGUUGCCAGAUAUCGAGAGGAAGAUGAAGGAGGCUGAACAGACCAUUCUAACCCCACUUAUUAGUCUGGACACCCCCGGAAAGGCCACUGUAGAAGUGGUCAUCCUGGCUGACCCCGAUGGCCAUGAGAUAUGUUUCGUUGGAGAUGAAGCGUUCCGUGAGCUGUCACAGGUGGAUGAUAAAGCCGACGGACUGUUAGAUCAGGGUAUAGCAGCUGACAAAAGUGAAGAGUGGUUCAAGAAGAAAGGACUCAGUAAAGGCACAGCAUGAUAUCAUCCAUUACCUCUGUACUAACAUAUGUUAAAAAUUGUCAGUCCCUGAGGGAGAUAACUGUUAUCUUGUAUUUAUCAAGUACAUAGUUUCUUUGUGUACAAAUACUUUUCAGAAGCAUAUCUAUACGGUAGUCAAUGACUUUGAAAGGGGACAUGUUGUACAGACACAGAUUUCAGAGCUAGAGAGGUGACACAGUAGUCACAUUUACAGAGGUGACACAGUAGUCACAUUUACAGAGGUGACACAGUAGUCACAUUUACAGAGGUAACACAGUCAUCACAUUUACAGAGGUCACACAGUAGUAACAUUUACAGAGGUAACACAGUCGUCACAUUUACAGAGACAACACAGUAGUCACAUUUACAGAGGUAACACAGAAGUCACAUUUACAGAGGUAACACAGUAGUCACAUUUACAGAGGUGACACAGUAGUCACAUUUACAGAGGUGACACAGUAGUCACAUUUACAGAGGUCACACAGUCGUCACAUUUACAGAGGUCACACAGUCGUCACAUUUACAGAGGUAACACAGUCGUCACAUUUACAGAGGUAACACAGUCGUCACAUUUACAGAGGUUACACAGUAGUCACAUUUACAGAGGUGACACAGUCGUCACAUUUACAGAGGUCACACAGUCGUCGCAUUUACAG